AUGGGAUUUCAUUUAUAUUUUCCUAAUCCAGUUGGACAAACAAAAUAUCAGCGAGUUAUUGCACGAAACAAACGUAAAGCCAGAUUUAAUCGAGAAUUUCGUAAACUUUAUUCAUUUUUACCAUGCAUUGAUAGUAACAAAAUAGACGGAAAGUUAACUGAUGUUCCAUUAUUAUACCAAGUGCAAUUAAGACAAAUGACAUGCCAACAAUAUUCACCAAACCCAUCAUCUCAACAAAGAUCUCGUCAAAAUACAACAAUAUCAAUCAAUAGUAUACCAUUCAAUACGCCAUCAUCAUCCAUGUCCAUCACGAGUAAUAUUAAUGGGAAAAGAAGCAGUUUUUCUUCUUAA